CGGGAAAAGGAAUAUUAUUAUUUAAGGUCAUAGAAAAUGUAACAGCUUAAAAACACAGCACAAUUUAAUCGUCGUCCUUAUAAUUCUAAAAAUGUUGAAUUAAUUCAAUAAUAAUGUAGGAACAUUUUGAACUAAUUGUACUGGUUUCUACACGGACGGUAUUUACGGGAACACGCAGUCUCACAGCUGAUUUCAGUUGUGAAGACGUGUACUUUCUGAGCAGAUUUAUCCGUCAAAACAGUCCUUUUCCCCUUAUAUUACUGAAAGUACAUCCUGUAUUUUAUUCGCAUCGUUAAGGGCCUUUUGUUUCCGUAAUGGCGACGGUAGAGGAGCUGAAGCUGACAUUUUACUCCCUUUAUCCAACAGGAACAUCAACCCAGACGUUUCAUUUGAGACCCACAACUACAAUAUCACCACCAUGGAAAACUUCACACAUUUUAUGGAGCGCAUCAGUUAUGGAGGGCUGGAAGAAGGGAAGCCGGUGGAUUUGAUCCUGAGCUGUGUGGACAACUUUGAGGCUAGAAUGGCCAUAAAUACAGCCUGUAACGAGCUGGGUCAGAUCUGGAUGGAGUCGGGGGUGAGUGAGAACGCUGUGUCGGGACACAUCCAGCUCAUCAUCCCCGGAGAGACGGCGUGCUUUGCUUGCGCUCCUCCUCUGGUGGUGGCUGCAAACAUCGACGAGAAGACCCUAAAGAGGGAGGGUGUGUGUGCUGCCAGCUUACCCACAACCAUGGGUGUGGUGGCAGGCAUCCUGGUGCAAAAUGUUCUCAAGUAUCUGUUGAAGUUUGGGACUGUCAGUCAUUAUCUCGGCUACAACGCCAUGCAGGACUUCUUCCCCACCAUGGCCAUGAAAGCCAACCCUCAGUGUAGCGACCCCUACUGCAGGAUACAACAGGAGGAGUACAAGAAGAGAGAAGCAGAGCGGCCUAAAGUUGAAGUUGUAGAGGAAGAAGAGGAGGCGAUCGUACACGAGGACAAUGACUGGGGUAUUGAAGUAGUCUCAGAGGUGACAGAUACAGAGUUGCAGGCUGCAACAGGGGCUGUGCCCGACCUCCCAGAAGGCAUCACUGUGGCGUACACCAUUCCAGCUGAGAGUUCAGCCAGUGGGGAGACGGUGGUGGAGACGGAGCAGAGCCUAGAAGAACUGAUGGCUCAGAUGAGAAAGCUGUAGGAACAAUCUGCAGAAACAUGUCUGUUAUUCUCAUAUAGCUUUUCUCAUGUGUCUAUUCCUUUUCCUUUUUUUAAUCAAUUAACUAAUUAACCGCUAAAGAACGGAACUGCAUGAAAGUGCUUCAAAUGACAUUUCACACGACACAGUCAAAUGUGUAAUUGACAUAACGGGAGAGAGUGUUAAACGUCCUGAACCUGGGAUACUAUCGCAGUGCAUUAACAUGAAUCAUGAUGUGUAUUUUCUACGGUUUUGAUGAAUGGAUGGCUCAGCUUUAAGUAAACAUCAGCCGCAUCAGAUUAAAACAUGUUUAGUCUCAAUAAAGUAUUUAUUAGAUGGAAUACAA